UGGGAGUCCAAUAUAAAAGAGACGCCUUUUGUGGUGGCCGCCAAAUAGCUGAUUGCAACGUCGGUGACAAACUCUUCCGGGUUUGGGUAAUCCACGUUUCCUCCUAUUAACACCCACUCCCAAUAAAACAACUAGGAAGGACUUGCCUGCGGAAUCGUGUCAUGCGAGCCAGCAAAAACCGCUGCAGCGAGAUUUCAGGGACAACAAUUAUCAGAUGAGCUGCGGAGCCCGAGGAUGAAAACGAAAUGACGGUCCUCUCUCGAUAUAAGCCUGCAUCUUUCGAGGGGUAUACUGAGCUGCAGCUUGCAAGGGAAUUUCAUGAAUGACAACUGCGUGUGAGAGGGGAGCGGGCAUUUUAUUUGAACUAGUAAGUCGGCGGAGGCGCAUUUCCAUCCUAUAACUGAAGACGCCAAGCAAGGACACAAAUAGAAAGUUCAGGGAUCUGAGGAUUGGGAGACAGAGCCUCGGUUCCUCUAGUCCCUAAAAAGAGGGGUGUGCUGUGUAAGGCAGCAUGUCUCGGUUGCAUGUGGUGUGCACCUUUCUGCUUGCGGUUGCGUGUGGGGUGUCAGCGGUGCUGCCCGCCCUGUCGUCGCCCACAGCGCCGCAGAAUUCAUCCACAGCCCCCAUCCAGAAUGUCAUCAACAGCACGGACUCGGGGUUGACCAUACAGUCCCGCGUCUCGUCUAUCCUGAAGGAUCUUCCCAAGCUGAAAAAUAUUGUCAUUUUCGUUUGUGGUUUCACGGUGUUCCUCAUCGCUUGCUUGGUUAUCAAAGUGUUCAGAGCGGGGCGGAAGAUCAGGAAGACGAGAAAGUACGACAUCAUCACCACUCCGGCUGAGCGGGUGGAAAUGGCUCCGCUAAACGAGGAGAACGACGAGGAUGAAGAUUCUACGCUCUUUGAUGUGAAAUACAGGUGAAGACUGUUCCCCCUUCAGACUGAAGCUUCAGCACUGAGGCACUCUGCUGUGGCUGCAGGUCCCAGAAGGAGCGUGUGCGUGUGCGUGUGCGUGUGCGUGUGCGUGUGCGUGUGCGUGUGCGUGUGCGUGUGCGUGUGCGUGUGCGU